AGAUAAUUGAACAAGAAAAAAUAGAAUAUAUUUUAUAGAGAAGAAAGACCUUGCCAGAACUUUCAAUAAAAUAACUUUUGGGUCUGUUUCUCUUCUACUACUUGCCGACUCAGGUAUGAGGCCGGUAACAUCAACAGUGAGGACAAACCCAGCCUGCCUCUCUCCUUCCACACUGAGUCCAAACCUACAGUCACUGGGUCCUGAUUGUGACAGUGGAGCCCAGUUUGUACUGCAGGAUCCAGAGAUGGCAUCAGUGAAGCUGGAAGACUGCAGUCAAACACUGGAGCUGAAUGUCAACAUUAAAGAUGAAGAAGAGGAGGAGAAGAUCGGGAAAUCUGUUUCUCAUGGAAACCAUGUUGAGACAUUCUCUACAUCCAGAGAGCAACAGCAGGAAGAUCACAGAGCUAAGAGGUCUCACCACUGCCCACAUUGUGAGGAGAAUUUUUCAGUUAUAUCAACACUAAAAAUACACCUAAAAAUACACCUAGGAGAGAACCUGUAUUCCUGCACUGACUGUGGGAAGAGUUUCUCAACAUCAAAGGUUCUAACAGUUCAUCAGAGAGUGCAUACAGGAGACAAGCCUUACUCCUGCUCUGACUGUGGAAAGAGUUUCUCUCAACUGGGCACCUUAAAACGACAUGAACGUGUACACACAGGAGAGAAGCCUUACUCCUGCUCUGACUGUGGAAAGAGUUUCUCUCGACCCGAUGACUUAAAAACACACAAACGUAUACAUACAGGAGUGAAGCCUUACUCCUGCUCUGACUGUGGAAAGAGUUUUUCUCGACUGGGCCACUUCAAAACACAUAAACGUAUACAUACAGGAGUGAAGCCUUACUCCUGCUCUGACUGUGGAAAGAGUUUCUCUCAACUGGGUGAAUUAAAAAUACAUGACCGUAUACAUACAGGAGUGAAGCCUUACUCCUGCUCUGACUGUGGAAAGAGGUUCUCUCAACUGAACAGCGUGAAAACACAUGAACGUAUACACACAGGAGAGAAGCCCUACUCCUGCUCUGACUGUGGAAAAGUUUCUCUAAACUGGACAACUUAAAAAGACAUGAACGUAUACAUACAGGAGUGAAGCCUUACUCCUGCUCUGACUGUGGAAAGAGUUUCUCUCGACUGGGCCACUUAAAAACACAUGAACGUAUACAUACAGGAGUGAAGCCUUAAUCCUGCUCUAAUUGUGUAAAAUGCUUCACAUCAACUCACCUAAAAGUUAAUCAGAGAACACACAAGGGAGAGAAGCCUUACUACUGCUCUGACUGUGGAAUGUGCCUGUUAAAAAGACACCAAGGUAAAGAAGAGAAGACUUACCACAUAAAGAAGAGAAGACUUACCACUGAUCUGACUAUGUUAUUAUUUUUGUAAACAACAGCUGAGCUAAAAGUUCAUCAGAGAACAGACACAGGAGAGAAGCCUUACUUCUGCU